AAUGUGGUCCAACUCUCUGACAACACGCGUUCUAUUCGUUUUUGAUGCGUACGGCUUAGCAAGGGUUAUUGUCUUUUGUCUGGGAAUUUCAGUGCACACAAUACUGUUAUAAAGCACUUAGCGUUUGGGUUUAAAUAUGCAUACGAUUUCUUACUGAAAAGGUGACGUUUUUGACGACCUUCACAGUUAAAAAUUAGUUAUCUUCAGAAAUAGUGGUAGUGGAUAGGUUAACAUUUUUAUCACUUGGUUUUAUCGUGUGUAAAUUUUUUAAACGAAACACAUAAUACAGAUGUUCAUUUGUCUUCGUUCUGUGAUUGUUUGGCAUUGCAAUUUCAGCCUUUUAAAGUACCUCAGAAGUAGACAUAAUUUAUGACACGGAAGGCCCGCACAGAAAGGGCCCAGCAGGCAACGUGUGACGUGUAUAUGUCUAGUGUCCUUCCAAUGUGUGAUUCCAGAAAAGAUCAUACUUCCCCUCCCUCCCCUCCCCCCGCGAAAGUUUUUAGUUUGAUAGGGACAUCAAAAUUACUGCUGUCUUUUUUUUUUUUACUUUUAAAACGUGUUUCAUAAUAUUUCACAGUCUUGUAUAUCUAGGCGUAUUCUCGCUAUUUCGUACUAUUUUGGUACACAUUUAGCGUUUUUUAAGGAAAAUAAGCAUCAUCAACAAUGCAUUUGUAAUCUUCUUAUAACUCGAAUGAUCUUGUUUCGAGAUUUGUAGGAAAUAAAAUGUUAAAAAAAGACAAGAGAUGUCCUACUUUCUGACACACAGUAUACGGAUUCUAUAAUUAGCCUUUGAAAGCUAUACAUGUUGUAUUUGUACAAGUUUAAAAGCCUUUAAUGGUACCCUUACAUAUGAUAUCGGAAGUGAUAAACGCCAUUUAAUUAUCAAGGGGUCCCCUGAUUUUAUCAAGUUAUAAAUUGAGCAUUUUUGUUAUUCUUUUUUUGCGUUUGACUAAAAUAUACCUCAAAAUAGCGAAUGAGCUAUUGAAUUCAACAACAUUGUCAAUACUCGAAGCUCGGUUCACAGCGAGACUUGGGUGUUAUUUGCUCUAAUGAGCAAAGACAAACAAACAAUCAGUUAAAACAAACAACCGGAAUAGAACAACUUCAAACACCUAGAGGCAAAUAAACAAGCUGACACCGAAACCUCGGUUGAAGAUAUCACAGAGCUCUCACCAUUUGUGAAGUCGUCGGAAAAAAAAAGGAAUAAAAAAAACUAAACUAUGGAGGCUCAUUGUCGAUAAAACACUCCAAAUACACUGAGUAUUUGGAUUUCUUAUCACUUUAGCACCCACGCUGUUUGGAAGCUCCAUCUAUCGUCUUUCCGUAAAAACUGCAGUUGCUAUUAUCUAAUCAACACUCGUGUGAUAGUGUGCAUUGCCGCUUUCCCUGGUACAAAAUGAACUCCUUCAAACCGCCAAUGAGGGCAUAUGUGAGCUGCUAUGGUGUCACCGUCUAUGGUGUCUUUGAUCAACUCUGAUUGGUCCGCGGCCUGUUAAUGGAGGAGCAACGGCAAAAUCUAAAGACGCUAGAUUUUUUGUUACCCUCAGUUUAUGUUAAGCACUUCUCGGGCCGGAAAAAAAUGAGGGUCUAGAAUAAUUGAGCUGAGAAUUAAGACACCAAUUUCUUGCCACUGUUUGCGUAACAAGCACUCGUUGCGUUAUCCCUCUACCAGACAUCAGUUUGCACUGUCACUUUAGACGUAUUUCUGGGUGGUGUGUAGAUUUUGAGUGAGUGCUUUCAAGAAACCGAGACUAGUGGUCGUCAGAAAAUGACAGUUUUUUCCUCCUUGAAAAAACUCAAACCGCAAUCGCUUGAUCUGUGUUCGUAAAUUAUGCCUGGAGAGUACAGUGGAAAGGAAAGGCAAUCAGUCUAUCAGAAGGCCUUGGUUGUUUGCCAUGAGGACGAGAAGCGGUUGAAUUUGUUACUGCACAAACUCGAGCAGAGCAAGUUGCAGAAGUACAUAGAUUAUAAACUGGAGAAGAAAAAACUGCAGAAAGAGUUGCUACAACUUAGACAUGAACAGAUGCACCUAAUGCAGGAAUCUAGACAGAGGCAAAAGGAGAAAAAGACAAUUGACGACUUAGCAAAAGAAAAUACACAGAUCAACGGUGUGAGAAACCGAAACCAUGAUUUACUUAAUCUCAAAAAGAAAUUCAGCUUUCCGUAUGUAACUCCAACACAGGUAAAUAUACCCAAGAUAAUGAAACGCUCGCUAUCGUACGAGUCUGAAUACUACACCUGGACAUUUGGUCUCCCAAGCAUCGAGGGCCCCGCUGAGGCGAAAAUUACAAGCAACGUGGGAAAACACGGAAUCAGGAAAAAUGACUCAACUGAAAGUCUAGCAGUGAGUAAAGUGACAGCGAGUGAUACAACGAACUCGGAGAGGGAUGGGAAAAAUGGAGAGGACGUGGAAAAAGGGAGAAUCCGUGAAGGAAAUGGUAUCAAAUUACCAUGCAUUGAAAAGGGAGUUACCAAGACACCGAAUAAGACAAAGAGAAAAACAAAAGCAAAAAGUUUGUCUGAUUCCAAACUACCUCCAAUCACGUAAAAUAUAUGCAAUGGAAAGAGAUUGUUUAGAAAUAGUAAAGAAAUUUAACGUUUACGUUUGAAAUAUGAUAAGUAAAUAUCUGCAAUGUAUAAUAAAUACGAGGGUAAAAUUAUGUACAUAUUGUAAAUUGUGUUCAUUGUGUUUAGAAUUAUUGAAGAGAACAUAUAUUAUUUUUCUGGUCAACCAUGUAAUCCAUGGUAAACAAGGAGGCUAGGAAAACGCUAUGUAAACCUUUAUCACAUUGGAAGAUACAAAUUGUCUUAGAAAUAUUGGUUUACAUUCCAGUUUGUUGGAAUAAUACAUUUAGUAAUAAGGUAUCGAAAUAAAUCCCAAACUGUUUUGAAACAGUUAUGAAAA